AUGCACAACGACAGUGUUUGGUCUCUUUAUUCGAAUCACCCUCAGCUAUCUGUCUUUUACUCGAGUGACCGGUCUGGCCUCGUUGCGAAAACCGACACGCGAUAUUCGGCGGACAUUGAGCAAGGUCUCUGUGUCGCAACGUUGCAAGAACACGACGGUGUAGUCAAUGUCGUAGCAGCUGGAGACUACAUCUGGACUGCGACACCAAAAUCCAGUAUUAACCGUUGGAAUGAUGUGGAUACUACUGCUGAUAUCGAGCUACCAUCAUCAAGCGAGCGAGAAACUGCUUCGGGCACUGAAGCCCCAACAACAGAGAAAACGAAGACGGCAGAUAAUCGAUCGAAGAAAAUUCCGUAUGAUUCAGUUCUUUUGCUCUCGAAUACCUCGACGUUCCCCAAAGCAAGGGUGCCCGAAACUACCCAACCGCACUCGAAUGCAAAUGCGCAGUCGCCGUCAUCCGAGAUAGAGGACGAACUGGGGCUUACACUUCCUGUCCAUACGCUGCCAGAUGAUACAAUUGAGGGUCAGCAUGGCUUGAUCAAGUAUUUCUUUUUGAACGACAGAAAGCGUACGUUGACGCAGGAUUCUGCUGGAGAUGUGGUUCUUUGGGACCUUCUCAAGUGUGUGCCAAUUCAAUCAUACGGCAAGCGUCAUAUAGACGACGUGGCAUCCGAGCUAAACACAAUAGAAAGUAUUGCUCACUGGUGCACGAUUGAUAUUCGUACUGGAAGAUUGUCCGUGAUACUGGAACCAGGUCGCUGUUUUGAUGCCGAGGUCUACGCCGAUGAGGCCGAAUUGCCAGACUAUUCACAGAUUCGUGACGAUCAAAGGAUCAACCUAGGCAAAUGGAUCUUGCGCUGGCUUUUUGCUCCUUUGAUUGAGGAAGAGCUCAAACGCGACUCUCAAUAUCGUGACGCUGCCCUAGCAAAGGCCGAGGAGCUCGCAAAACUAAAUAUGUCGAAUACCUCCGCCCCAAUGGACAUACCCUUCGCAGAUGGAUCACGAAAUCUAGCCACAUCCUUCGACCCAUCAAUAUCAUCUCUGAGGCCUGGAUAUGAAUCUUUUGGUAGCCCCUCGACGCCAGGCUUUGGAAUAGGGUUUGCCAACAGCCCCGGAUCUCUCGCGACGCCAACACUUAACCCAAAUACUAGUCACCUCGGCACAUCACCGGGAGAGUUUUCUGACUAUCUCACAUCUCCGCCAACUGCUGAUCUGACGAGGAGCUCCCUGUCAGAUAAGUCGAGUGAGUAUCUCUCAUCACCUAGAACCCAUGGUCUACCUCCACUGGAUACGGAUAAAGCAUUGCCGACACCAGGGGAGCCGACACCAACAGCUCUUCCACAAUCACCGAUGGAGCCUGAUAAGGAGGAGCGGAAAAAGGGCAGCUCUUUGUUUGGAAAGAAGUUCAGAAUGGACUUCCCGAAGAAGCUUGGACGGACUUCAUCGGAAGUUAAGCCCCAGAUUCAAGAGGAGAAGGUGGAGGAGUCCGACAAAUCUUCAGUAAAGGAAGAGAAGGUGUUCGAAAACAACCUAGGCGGCUUCAUUGAGCGUAUCCGCUCGGAAUACGAUGAGCAUCUCUCUGCUCACCCCGGGCAAGAGUUGACACCAGCCUUCGCCCCGAGUCAGGAGAAUGAAACGCCGGUACUGAAUAUACCGGACCGUGUUGCCGUGCUGAUACAAGAAGAAACCGGAGAAACUGCUGUGGCUUCUGACCUCUACCGAGGCAGUGUAGGAAGUAUCCGGGAAGAGGUCGAUAAAUUGGAGAAAUCGAUUCCUCUGUGGCUUGCCGAUCUGUUACUUAAGAACCAAGUGCCUUUCAAGGAACCCGUCAAGGUCGCGUUUACGCUGAAACCGUAUGAUGAUCUCUUACCCCCGGUUGUGAAGCCAGAAGUCAAUGUCGCGAAUGGCAACACAGCCAACAAUCGGCUGAAUGCAAACCGUAUGCUACGAGCAAAGAAGAUUCUUGCGUAUGUCGCGGAGCGAAUCGACCCACCGAACCCUGACGAACCCGAAGAGAAUGCGAUGAAACCGGAAGAGUACUUGGAACUGUACUGUCACAAAGUUCCGAUACCCCCCAAUAUGACUUUGGCGACGAUUCGCACUCAUAUUUGGCGCUCAUCGGGAGAUAUGGUGCUCCAUUACAAAGCAAAUGGAAAGAAGGAAAUUCGAAUGCCCAGCCCUAGCCAAGAGGAUGAUAACGGCAACCAGAAUGCUGGAGCAGGUUCCCAGCCGCCUGUCGAAGCAGGAGGCAUGUCUCAGGGAGAAGGUGGAAUCAGUGAAUCUAUGGCGGCGUCCUCUCUCCGGCGUCAUACUGGUACACAAGCAAUAAGUGCCUCGCAAUCCCUGGAAUCCUUCCAGCGAGUAUGGCUCGGCUCCCGAUUGUCGCGGCCCUUCCCGCGCCGAUUGGGUCUGGCAGUCAGUGGCGGCGCAGACUCCAUGGCGUUAGCAUAUCUCAGUAAACAAUGGGAAAAGAGUCGACCGAAUGAUAUAUCCGUCACGGCAUUCGUCGUCGACCACAAAGCGAGAGAAGAGAGCACCCGCGAAGCUAACAUGGUCUCACAAUGGCUUCAAGACAUCGGUAUCUAUGCUCGAAUCAAAUCUGAGAUCCUCGAACUGACCUGGCCUGAAAGCACUAGGUCACCAUCCAAAGUGACCGCGUUCGAGACGCAUGCCCGCAGACUCCGUUUCCAAGCGCUGGGCAAAGCAUGUCGAGACCGCCAGAUCGAAGCCCUUCUAAUGGGUCACCACCAAGACGACACCGUCGAGACGACACUCUGGCGUCUCUGCACCGGAGCCAAAGGCGCCGGCCUAGCAGGCAUCCCCCAAGUGACACGCAUCCCCGAAUGCCACGGUAUCUACGGCGUUUCUGAGAGCGGGUCAUCAUACACGAUCCCGUCUGGACCUCAACAGCCGAGAAACGGCACCAUCGUCUCAACAGGCGGAAUCCUCAUCUGUCGCCCCCUCCUCUCCUUCCCUAAGUCCAGCCUUCUAGCAACCUGCCACGAAAACAACAUCCCCUACGUCUCUGACCCUACCAAUUUUGACCCAACCCUAACCCCCCGCAACGCAAUCCGCAGCCUCCUGGCCGAGAACAAACUCCCAAAGGCCCUCCAAGGCCCUUCUAUUCUAUCUCUGAUCAACUCAAGCCAAUCCCUCCUCCGGGACUCAACAUCCCUCUCAAACACCCUCCUCACCUCCUGCAAGAUCAACCAUCUAAAUCUCCCCGCCGGAACAAUCACCCUCACCUUCCCCUCAACACCAAUAGACCCAACCUCCUUCCUCAACACAGUCACCAACAACACCAAACCCAAACCCAAAGACAACGACAAAGCAAACCAAAGAACCCACCAGAUCAAAUGCCUCACCCUUCGCCGAAUAACCGACCUCCUAGCCCCAUUCCCCGAGAAUCACUUCCCUCUCCGCAGUUUCGAGUCCUUCACGGACCUUGUGUUUCCACCCCAGGACCAGCCGGACCCUAAACAAAGGAAACCGUUCACGCUGGGCGGGGUAAUGUUCCAACCUAUGAACACCAAGGGAAACCGAGAUGAAGCAGAUCAGAGUGUCGAGGGUGGCAAUACCUGGCUCUUAUCCCGCCAACCGUUCAUGCGGAACCGGUUGCCUACUCUGCGGGUUGAGGUUCCGAUUUCAGGGCUUCCGGCGGGCUAUACGUCCUGGAGGCUUUGGGAUAAUCGGUUCUGGUUUCAGUUUGGUAUUGUCCCCGAACAGUGUUCCCGUGGAGCUGGGGUUGAGGUGGCUCAAGAUACUUCCAAAGGGGAGGUGAUAUCCUUACUUGUUCGUCCGUUUCAGCCAUCGGAUCUUCAGGUGAUUCGAAGGGUUAUUGAUGAGCGGGGAGGGCGCUCGGAGAAGAAGAAAAAGAAGAUGGACCCUGCGUUGGUUGGAGUGUUGGAUCAGCUUGGACAGGAAGCGCCCGGACAGACUCGGUUUACUCUUCCCAUGGUGGUAGUUGAGAAGGGUUCUUGUGGACUUGAGUAUGACUUGCCCGUGGGGUUGCCGACGUUGGAUUUGUGGUUUCCUGGGAUGUGGGAGUCUUUACAGAUGCCCGGGAGAUUACGGUGGGAGUGGAUGUAUAAGAUGCUGGACAACGAGCCGGUGAAAUUGAUGGGCUGGCUGUAA